UACGGUCCUGUAGCUUAUUAUCCGUGGUGGGAGAGGUAGUCCACACGUGGCGCAGACCAAUGGAGGUGGAGGGGGCGUUGCUGCUGCCCCUACUACAGCGCUAGUGCGGAAGGGGGUGCCACAACAACAAACAUGCCAGGCGCAUCAUCAGCCCUCUUCAGAUGUCACAGCCCUACCGUACUUAACAUAUAGUAUUACUACACGCACCCCUUAACAAAGCAACUCUACGCGUGGAACAGUACUGGAACAACAACACAUGCAACUAUGGCCCAAGAAUCGGGCAUGUUCUCGGUCCGCCGGCCGCGCGAGACCCUCGGCCCUGUAAACAACAACAGCUCGGCGAUUCCCAUGCCGGCGUCAGCCAUGAAGCGCUCCAGCUCGAUAUCAAAUCUACAGCAACCCCAGUUUCCACCGAAUCUGGCACGUUCGCAGAGCGGAUCUAGAAUGUCCCUCGCGCCCAGUCGCCCCAGCCAGCCGCUCUUCCAGCGCUCUUCGUCUGGCACAAACCUCGCCGAGGGCUUUCCAUCGGCCCAUCGCAAUUCCAUGAGCAAUGUCUUCGGCACAGCAAGCAGCGGGAGGAAGAGCUUCGCACCGGGCGCGUCAGUCUUCCAGACACCAGCGCCGCCCACAUCAGGGCUGAACUUCGAACAGAGCGCACAGCGGCGGAGUAGUGUAUUCAAGUCGCGCACAUCGCACGUAUCCGGUCAGUCGGGCGUGAAGCAGUCUUUCUUCCAGACUGCACCCAUGCCCGCAGCUCCACCUGCCGAUCCACGACGGCUAAAAGAUGCAAGCACGCGCGCCCACAUGGCCCAAGAACUACUCGAGUUCUUGACACACAAUAACUUUGAGAUGGAGUCUAAACAUGUCCUCUCUAACAAGGCCAUGACGUCGCCGACACAAAAGGACUUCAACUGCAUGUUUCAGUGGCUCUAUAAUCGAAUUGAUCCCAGCUACCGCUUCCUAAAAUCAAUCGACCAGGAAGUGCCUGUGCUACUCAAGCAAAUGCGCUACCCGUUCGAAAAGUCCAUUAUGAAGUCGCAGAUCGCGGCUGUUGGUGGAAACAACUGGUCGACCUUCCUCGGACUGCUACAUUGGAUGAUGCAGCUUGCGCGCCUUAUGCAAGCGUACGAGUCUGGCACAUACGAUGAAGCUUGCUUCGAGGCUGGUUAUGACGUCUCCGGAGACCGCAUCAUUUUCGACUUCUUGUCAGACGCAUAUAGCACAUGGCUGUCGGCAGAAGAUGAUGACGAUGACGAAGAGGCGCAAGAACGGCAUAUGAAGCCACACAUCGAUGCCAUGGCUGCAAAGUUUGACAUGGCAAACGCACAACAUCACGAGCAGGUGAAGCUAUUGGAGGCUGAGCACAAGUACCUCCAGGAUCAAAUCGAAGAGCUGGGCAAGUCUGGUCCGAGGAUCCAGAAGCUGGAGGAGCAGAUCCGAAUCCUUGAGGAAGAUCGUGUCAAAUUCGAAAACUACAACAACUCGAUGGAUGCGAAGGUCAAGAAGUAUUCCGAUCGAUGCUCAUUCCUUAACAAGUCAAUUGAGGAAAUCGAAGCCGAGCUGGAAGCAUCUGAGAAAGAGCAACAAGAGCUCCAAGCCAUCAUCGAUGGCCGGGGGAUGACGGUUGCGGAUAUCGACCGCAUGGCUAACGAGAAGGAUCGCCUAGACACCGCUCUUCAAGCCACGUCCACCCGCCUCGAGGAGUCGAAGAAGCGUGUCGCAGAGAAGGAACUCGCCGCAUCCCGCAAACUAGACGAGCUUGAGCAAACCAUUGAACGUUACAACAAUCUUGGCUAUCAAAUCGGCGUCAUCCCCUCCACAGCCGCCAACGCAAAGGGACAAGAUUACGAACUGAUCCUUACUGUCACCGAUGGUCCCAACUUUUCAGGUUCGCAAAUGGGCGGCUCAACACAGGACGCUUCAGACCGAUUGCUCCACGACUCCGGCACAGGGUAUUCCCCUGCUCAUCUCCUCAACCUUGAUUUACGGGGCAAUGUCAAGGCGAAUAUACUUGCCCUGCGUAAAGAGAUUGCCGAGCGCAGGAAUGUUGCCAUGGAGGCGGAUAUGAACAACCAUGACCUGCUCGACAAGAUCAAGGAGGCUAUGGACGACAAGCAAGCCGAAGUCGAAGCACUAGGCCACCGCGUUGCGCAGGCGGAAGAAGAGUUGGAAAAGCUACGCGAGAUCACAAACACUCAGAAGUCGCAGUCUGAUGCGCAGAUUGAGCGGAUGGAGAAGGAGCUGGGCAGAAUGCGCAGCGGUCUUGGAGAGUCUGUGCAACUAAUGGUGCAACGAGAAAUGGCUGUUAACAUUGAGCACGAACAACUACAACUACGCGCCAACUCCCUGCGCGAGGAGCUACACACAGAGAUUGAGCGAAUGCUCGAUGAUAUUGUGCGCUUCAAGCUGCAUGUUCAGCGUAGCUUGGAGGAGUAUGAGCAGUUCAUUGCCGAUGAGGUCGAGCGAAGUUGUGAGGAGCAGGAUCAACUUGCUGAGAGCGGGGAGGAAGAGGUUGAUGAGUAGAAAUGAAGGCGCCCUUUUGAAACGUGAGGUUUAUGAGUGUAUGAUGGAGUUUGGUGGGGUUUUGUCAUUGAAUUUGGCUUGUGCUUGUUGGCUCCUCUUCUUCUAACGCCGCUGGAUAUCUUGGCAGUUAGGG